GUGGCGCUGAUGGUCUCUGGUUUGAACUGUUUUCUCAUUAAUGGGGAAACUUCAACCACACCUCAGUGAUCUAAACAGAGUCAUUUCCACCAACAGCUCUCCCGCACAAGAGUUGCUUCACUCCAGCCGCUCACUGGGGCUCUCGUUUGCCUCUAAGACUCAUCUGUAACAGCUCUGCCUCAUAUAAACCCCAUAGUCCUACAGAAUCAACUGGAAAUUAGGGCCCCAGAAUAACUGAGGGAAUAAGGGGUCUUGUAUAUGUACUUAAAGCAAAGACAUCAACAAGGAUUCUGUCAGUGAUCAGGACAGAGCUUCUUGGACGAGCCACGGCUAAUAUCGCUGGGUGUUGAGGAUUAGAUUCUCUCUCUAUCUUGUCUCUAAACGGCCUGCAGGGUGGCGAGAGAGAGGGGGGAACCCAACCGGUGCUUGCCGGAGAUGAGUGCGUUCUGGCAUAAGAUCGGCUGCUGCGUGGUAGCCAAACCUCCUCCGAAGAAGAAACGGAGGAGAAUUGACCGUAGCAUGAUUGGAGAGCCCACAAACUUCAUUCAUCUGACACACAUAGGCUCUGGUGAAAUGGCAGAUGGCAUGCAGCCGUCUGGCCCAAUGCAGGAACAAAUGAGAUCCAAAGUGCCUCACGCUAAUGGACGAAACAGCUUGUUAUAGCCUCUUUACCUGCUUUUUUGUUUUUUACCCGAAGCCCCAGUGAGUGUCCUCAGCAGAACCUGUGCAGCUAGCAGCACUGCACCAAUGAGGAGGAGAUAAAGAGCAGAUCCUGAUCACCAAAACGACAACCUCCUUGCUGCAGCUACCAACAUGGAUGCCACCUCUGCAGGUUUCUUAUGUUUUGGAUCCUCUGGAAUGUCUCAGAGGAGACGUUUACCCCCCCCACACACUCUAAGACUGUCAUUAAAUUUGGACCGGAUUGUAUGAGAACGCCUGACAAAGAGUGUGAAUGUGUGCCGUGUGCAUUUAAGACACUGGCUGUGCUUGCUGUGGAAGAGGAAAGGCUCUUAUCGCUUUAACACAGGGGACCAUUUGACUGCCUUUCCAAAGUUAUAACUGGCAUGUUUGUCACAGUCUGUCAUUGAUAAGGAUGUGCGCAAGUGUGUGUUUGCUUUUGUUUUGUAAUGGAAAUGUUUGUGCACCAAUACCAUUAUAGUGUCUCCAAUUGCUUGCAUUAGCAGUUGCACAAAUUAGUGCAUUAUACAAAGCAAUCUGGUAUGUGUAUAGAAGAUGAAUAUAAUAUGAAAAUAUGGCUUUUUUUUAAUUUCCACAUGUCUGAUAUUGCAUUGACAAAUAAUGGCCUUUAUAACUAUAAAGGAAUAGUUUAAAAAAUACUAAUUUAUUCACCUUCAAGUCAUUCCAAACCCAUAUAAGUUUCUUUUAUCUGUGGGGAAAAAAUUAUACAUUUUCAUACAGUGAUUUUCAGUACAACAUCAAUGCGGAUUGACAAUGUUUAAGCUGUAAAAUAAAAAUAUCGAAAAGUGGCUCAUAUUCCAAGUUUUCUGAAGUUUUCCAUUUGCUUUGUGUGAGGAACAGACCAAAUGUGUCAUUAUUCAUUGAUUAUCGUCCCCUCAAGUGAACUCUUAACUUGAGAAUUACAUGCUACAGGAACAUUGAGUCGAUAAUUUGGGAAGCGAUCGUAGGGCUUCAAGGUGACUUGGAAUAUAAAAUGACUUUUGUGGACCAUAUUUUGUGCUUAUUUAAAUUUUUUGGGGUGGGGGAGCAACUAACAGGCACUGAAUUGUUGUUGUAUUGAAAAAAAACUGCAUGAAAAUUCUUUAAAAAUUCUCCACUGUAAAAAAAAUAACCGCGUUUAAGUCUGGAAGGAUGCAAGGAUGAGUAAAUAAUUUUUUUAGGUUAAUUAUUCCUUUAAUCCCUAAGUAUUAGAAAAAGGCUAUUAUCUGUUUAUCUGAGUGGAGACUUUGAACGGUGGCUUCCUGCCAGUAGCGAGCCACUGCCCUUUGUCAUUGAAACCACAUUUAGUCUCACUUUCACACAUCAAGCUCCACCCCACACACAAGCUCAAACACACACUCUCUGUUUCCAGUCCUCACACGGCACCACGAUUAAAUCACUGUUUCACACACUUUGUGGAUUUUACUCUGUACUUUGUUUUUGAAUGUAGCACAAUGUUGGGCUGAAAUGUUAAACACAAUGUUUUUGCUUUUAAUUGUGAUGUUUUAUUUUGAAUGCAUUGCUUUGCAAGAUCCCAAACUGUAAUUUACUUUAAGUGUUUGCUGUAAUUUGUUAGGGAAUGUCAUAGGACAAAAUGUGCGUAGAGAAAGCUUUCAGAAUGUUCAUGUUGCUUUAGAAAUCCAGUGUUUUUGCAUUUCAUUCUUAGCUGACAGUGUAGAGAAACGUGCAGAUGUUUGCAUCUCAGCCGAAGACCUCGACAGCUCCCUUAACUUAAUUAUGCAUGUUUCUUGCAGAUUUUCUCACUUUUUGGUUUUGUUUGUUUUUUUUUUGUUUUUUUUUUAAGUAUCUGUCUUUUUAAAACCAUAAUGUUUGUGCAAAGCCCUCAUUAGGCUCUUUUUGUCUUUAAUACUUUUAUUCUUCUUUACUUUUUAAAUUUUUUUUAUAAACGUCUUUUAGUCUAUUAGUCCAACUGAUUGAUUUUGUGAUUAAAUGGGAGCAGUAAUAGUGUUCUGUUCAUAUGGCAUGGUGUUAUGUUGAUGAAUGUUUUUGUUGUGCUUUGGUUCGUAACAAUACAGUUGUACAAAGAGCAGUCUGUUGGGUUUUUAUUGAGACACGCACAGUAUUAUUAUCUAAUGUGUAUUUUCAAAAAUGCUCUUGAGAUAAUUUGAGAAAGGUUGAUAAAUUAUAUA